UAAUUGUGUCUUCGGUAUUCGUGCACGUUAUCUUAUAUAUAAUCAUGAGAGGGUAUAUAUUCUUCUUUAUUUUUACCUCUAUCGUUCUGUCAGUGGACAGUCAGUCUUGUCCUAGUGGUUGGAUCGUUCAUGGAGGCUCGUGUUACGCAUUCAUAGACUCGGAACCUGAUGGUUGGAUCGAAGCCAUGUUUUAUUGUAGUACAGUUGGUGCUCACCUGGUGGAAAUAGAGAGUGAAACAGAAAACAACUUCUUGAAAAAGCACCUGUUGGACAUAGGAGCGACAGCGAACUAUUGGAUUGGUUUGUCUGAUACUAUACAGGAGGGGAAAUAUAUCUGGCAUACAACUCAAGAUAACGUGGAUUUCACAGACUGGGGAGCGGGUGAGCCUAACGACCAGGGGCAUACAGAGGACUGUGCCGAGUUGUUUCAUCCGUUCAAUUUCCAGUGGAAUGAUGCACCCUGCAGCGUCAAAAGCAACUUCAUAUGUGAGAAAUUAAUCACUACGGGAACCAAUAUCAUUGGAUAGUGUAACCACAAUGAAGUUGUAUAAAAGGGCAAUGAAAAUAACCUGU